ACCCUCUGGAUGCUGCAAGAAACUUCGAUUUAAUGCUGCUUCUUGACCAAUCAAUAGAAGUAAAUCUUAAUGACUUUCUAUUACCAGAAGAAAUAGAAAACAUUACCAAUCCUAUUCCAACCUUAGAAAUAGAAGACACUACUGAUCUUAAUUCGACUAUAGAAUCAGAAAUUGAAAACUUAGAAAACUCUAUAACUAUCCUGCUAACUGAUAUGUUAACCCAACUUGCUACUCAUAGCCGAACUAGAAAAAACCUCAACCAAAAGAUUCAGACAUAUUACUAUCUCGGAAAACUUCUUGACCAACAUGCAGACCCAGCUAUGAUAAAAGACUUUAUCGAAAGAAAACAAGGCAAAAGAAAAGCCAAAGACACUUGGC